AUGGCCACCAGGCCGUCGGUCGUGUCCGAGCCCUCGAACACGCAGCGGCAGGAGACCUCGGCGAUCCCGCUGCGGCCAGGUCCAGUCCAGCGCUCGGAGAGCGCGCCGAGAACCCACCCGCCUGCAGCGUGCACCCAGGCCGGGGACGUGAUUGAAGCCAUCCUGGGUUUGUGUGCCCCGUGGCAGGAAGCGCAUCGAGGGUCCCGGCAGGACUUCGCGAGCACCUGGGGCCUCACGCUGGAGGACCUGGCCGAUCUUCACGGGCGCAUCGAGGCAAUACUGCCCCACAUCUCCAAGCUCGUAGCGGUGGCACACCACCACCCCGACGCACAGGCAGCUGGCUGCCCGCAGACCUGGAGUAAGAUGGACAGGCGCGACUUCCAGCUGAAGGCCCCGAUGCUCGUCCUCGAGAAGAUCGUCCCAGCCGCCUCACUGACCCCCCUGGGUACGCACCACUGCUCCGUGCGCGCGCUUCACAUCGCGCUCGCGGGCUCAGACGCCCCCCUGGGUGACGACGACCGGGGUGCUGGGCUCGCCUACAUCGGCGGCGGAUUCGCGCUUUCGAACACCGAUCUGAACGCCCCCAUGCCGUCCGCCCCCGCCCCAGGUACCAAGCAGGACCCCCCGCGCAUCCCCGACGACAGGCUGUUGGCUGAGCAGAAGCAUGGCAGGUUCAAGUGCGACAGAUGCGGCAAGGAUCAGCUACGCUCCACAGACGGCACAUGGAUCUCGGACGAUACUCGCCUGAUGGUAGCGCAGAACCGGCCCCAGGCCUACCUCGACGGUACAAACAUGGGAUGGCACUGCGAGAUCUGCUGGAUUCGACACCUGGAGGAUAAAGGCAUCCCAGCACCAACCGGUGCAACAGUCGCGGAUAAGGUCAAGGAGUACGAACACUGGAG